AUGCCUGAUAUCAAGAUUACUCCUCUUGGAGCCGGCCAGGAUGUCGGCCGUAGCUGCAUUUUGCUGUCCAUGGGAGGCAAAAACAUUAUGUUGGACUGUGGAAUGCACAUGGGUUACAAUGAUGAGAGGCGCUUCCCAGACUUCUCAUAUAUCGUACCUGAAGGUCCUAUCACUAGCCAAAUAGACUGUGUCAUCAUCUCACACUUCCACCUCGACCACUGCGGGGCUCUACCUUACAUGUCUGAAAUGGUUGGCUACACAGGUCCCAUCUUUAUGACACAUCCCACAAAAGCUAUUGCUCCAAUACUACUGGAGGACAUGAGGAAAGUAGCUGUUGAGAGAAAAGGAGAAUCUAACUUCUUCACAUCUCAAAUGAUCAAGGAUUGUAUAAAGAAAGUAACUGCUGUAACUCUACACCAGUCUGUGAUGGUAGACAAUGAACUAGAGAUUAAAGCUUACUAUGCUGGGCAUGUGCUUGGAGCGGCCAUGUUUUGGAUUCGCGUUGGAUCCCAGUCAGUGGUGUACACUGGUGACUACAAUAUGACUCCUGACAGGCAUCUAGGAGCUGCCUGGAUAGAUAAGUGUAGGCCAGACCUACUCAUUACAGAAUCAACUUAUGCUACUACUAUCAGAGAUUCCAAGCGCUGCAGAGAAAGAGACUUCUUGAAGAAGGUCCAUGAAUGUGUUGAGAAAGGUGGCAAAGUUCUUAUUCCUGUAUUUGCUCUAGGGAGAGCACAAGAGCUCUGUAUUCUGUUAGAAACAUACUGGGAAAGAAUGAAUUUAAAAUAUCCAGUUUAUUUUGCACUUGGAUUAACAGAGAAAGCAAACAACUACUACAAGAUGUUUAUAACUUGGACUAAUCAGAAGAUUAGGAAGACCUUUGUACAAAGAAACAUGUUUGACUUUAAACACAUCAAACCUUUUGACAAGUCCUACAUUGACAACCCUGGAGCCAUGGUUGUAUUCGCUACCCCUGGAAUGUUGCACGCUGGUUUGUCCUUAAAUAUAUUUAAAAAGUGGGCACCUUAUGAACAAAAUAUGGUGAUAAUGCCAGGAUUUUGUGUACAAGGCACAGUUGGUCACAAGAUUUUAAAUGGUGCUAAAAAGGUUGAAUUUGAGAACCGCCAAGUGGUGGAAGUGAAAAUGGCUGUAGAAUACAUGUCAUUCUCAGCUCAUGCAGAUGCUAAAGGGAUCAUGCAACUCAUACAGUACUGCGAACCUAAGAAUGUUUUGUUGGUACAUGGUGAAGCUCAGAAAAUGGAGUUUUUGAAAGAUAAAAUUGAGAAAGAGUUUAAGAUUAAUUGUUACAUGCCUGCCAAUGGAGAAACAUGUACUAUUAAUACACCGACUAAGAUUCCUAUAGAUGUAUCUUUGAGGUUGUUGAAGGCAGAGGCUGUUCGCUACAAUGCGCAACCUCCAGAUCCAAAGAGACGGCGUGUAGUUAAUGGCAUAUUGUGUGUACGGGAUAACAGACUAUCUCUUCUUGAUAUUGAUGAGAUGUGUGAUGAGAUUGGUAUCAACAGACAUAUAAUUAGAUUCACUAGUACAGUCCGCUUUGAAGAUCCUGGUCCAUCUGUUAAAACCGCUGAGAAAUUGAAAACUUUGCUAUCAGAAAAGUUGGAGGGAUGGACAAUUACGAUAUCAGAGGCCAACAUAUCUGUUGAAUCUGUACUAAUUAAAGUUGAAGGUGAAGAGGAUAGUACUAAAAAUAUAUAUGUCUCCUGGACCAAUCAGGAUGAGGAUCUAGGUAGUUACAUACUAGGUUUACUCCAAUCAAUGGUCCAAUAA